AUGAAUAUUAUUGAGAGAUCUAAUAGAACGUUUCAAGAACGAUUCUAUAGUAUUCUUGAUACAUAUAACUUAUUGGAUACCUUUUCUGAUAUAAUAGAGUUAGAAGACCUACCAGGCGUUGUUGAUUCAAUA